AUGUCGCGGGCAUCCGGUGUCGGCAUCAAAGCCAUUGAGCUUUAUGUUCCAAAUCAGGUACGCUUUGGUCCCACGUCAAGCGCAUACAAGCUAACUAUCAUUCAACAGUGCGUCGAGCAACAUGAGCUUGAAGAGUUCGAUGGCGUCAGCAGGGGCAAAUAUACUAUUGGAUUGGGCCAGACCAAGAUGGCCUUCUGCGAUGAUAGAGAAGGUCUGUUACGACGGCUGCACAAAAUAUGUGAGUGUAGAAAGGCUGACAAAAGCCGGAACAGACAUAUACUCGCUGGCCCUGACAGCCGUCUCGUCACUGAUGCGGAAGAACAACAUCCACCCUUGUUCAAUCGGUCGUCUUGAAGUCGGAACAGAGAGCUUGCUCGACAAAUCGAAGUCGGUCAAGACAGUCCUGAUGCAGCUUUUCGAGCCCUACAACACCGACAUCGAGGGCGUGGACACAUACAACGCUUGCUACGGCGGCACCAAUGCAUUCCUCAACGCUAUCAACUGGGUUGAGUCUUCAUCCUGGGAUGGACGUGAUGCUAUUGUGGUAGCCGGCGACAUUGCAGCUUAUAAGAAAGCAACGAUAAGAGCCACUGGUAGUGCAGGCUGCGUCGCCAUGCUCGUCGGUCCGGACGCACCGCUCGUAGUUGAAUCGGGGCUGCGCGGCAGUCAUUUCCGCCACACCUAUGACUUCUACAAGGCCGACUUUUCCACUGAAUAUCCCGACCUUGACGGCCCCCUCUCUGUCAAAUGCUACAACGAAGCCCUAGAAGCCUGCUACAGGAUCUAUCAGUACAAAUUGAAGCGACAAGAAUCGACUCACGAUGCCCCAUUGCCGUUCAGCAUUCAGCCGCCUGAGUGCACCGAAGUUAAGUUGCCAGACUCAGGCUUGGGUACUCCGGAAAUGAAACCGGAGGACUACAACAACAGCAUCAUGAAUGAAUCGCUGCCUCCAGGCGAUCCCGUCUCCCUGCCAGUCGAAUCCUUCGACUACAUGUGCUUCCACGCACCGACCACGAAGAUCGUACGCAAGGCGUACUCCCGCCUCUUUUACAACGACUACCGAACCCACGUCCACCACUCACUAUACGACAGCGCGCGAGCUCAGCUCUCCAAAGUCGAAUGCGAGUCGGGCCUCCAGGAGACCGACAUGGAGGUCUUCACCAAUCUUGCGGCAUCGCAUUUCAAGGAGCGAGUGGAUCCGUCUAUUUUCGUACCUUCUCAAUGCGGAAAUAUGUACACGGCCAGCGUGUGGUCGGCGCUCUGCGGCUUGCUCACCCUGGUCGAGCCCUCAAAUCUCCAGGGCAAACGCAUCGGCAUGUUCAGCUAUGGCAGCGGGUUCGCGAGUACCAUGUUCAGUCUGCGUGUGGCGGGGAAUACGCAGAAGCUGCGGGAGAGCCUCAACUUGCUCCAGCUGUUGAAAAACAGGAGGACGGCUUCCCCCAAAGCGUGCGAGGAGGUAAGAUCACACCAUCGCGCUGUUCAAGUUGCACGUUCCCACUGACAUGUUCUCCUCACCUGCACAGGCCCUCACUCGCCGCGCGCAGGCGUACCAGAAGAAACCGUACCAGCCGUACGGGAGUCUCUACUACCUCAGACCCGGCACCUACUACCUGGAAAGUGUCGACGAAAUGUCCCGUCGAUCCUAUGCGGUCAAGUCGUAG